UUCAAAAACCUUCUCUAAAAUAAUAAAAAUGUCUACUUUCUGCUUUUUGUUAGUAGUUGCUUUAAUUGCUCAAGUUGUUGUCUCAUUGCCGAUUGCUGAUAAAACAGUCCAAAAGAGACAUGCCGUGCCUGUUUAUGUGGCACCUUCAUAUCAUUAUGCUCCGUCUGGCCCAGCAAGUUCUAGCUUUGUUUCUGGUGGUGGUGGAAGUGGAGGAGGAAUUCAAAGUGUAAUAGGGGGUGGUUAUGGCCUUCCUGGAUCUUCCUUUGUUGCUGGAGGUGGUGGAGGAAGUGGAGGUGGUGGAAUUCAAAGUGUUAUUGGAGGGGGAUCUUCACUUGUUGCUGGAGGUGGUGGAUAUGUUCAUAGUGGAGGAUAUGGCCAUGGGGGAUACGGACAUGGAGGAUACGGAUAUGGAGGAUAUGGAUAUGGAAGAAAAUAGACAAAGGAUAAAUGAUAUAGAAAACAAAAAUUUUCUAAUUUUA